ACACAGCAAUUCUGCUGCCACGUCAGGCUUCUCUAUUGUCCCGGCGGACUACUCUUUGCUCUCAUGCUCGGAACCGAUUGGACCCGAAGCUAUGUCAGGCGAGCCCCUGUGUCGCAGGAGUUACAUACAUAAUUUGAAUCCAUAAAUGAGUGGCAUCCCUAAGGUGCUUCACCUCGACCAUGAAGCAUGCCAUCGAUACUCAGACGAUCUCGUCGGCGUGAAUUAAUCCUCACUAGGUCAUUCAAGAACGCGAUUCAGGAAAAGGUUCAUCCUCCUCAGCGCUCUCCAGAGUCAAUAUACUGCAGUUCACCCGUCGUCGAUCGCACCAAUUUUCCUUCCUCGCCAUCACCUUCAACUGUAAAAUCCCCAGACUUCGCUCGCCCUUCUCUAACAUUAUCUCUAUACCGUAGUCCGAUCUCCAACCUCCAACAUCAUCCCAUUCACGCCCUCCCUCCAGAGCUUCUCAUUCGUGUAUUUGAGCUGGGCUCGUUUGAUGAUGCCUUAUUUCUUAUCACGAUUUCGCAUGUCUGCCACCCAUGGAGGAUGCUUGCGAUACACACGCAUACCCUCUGGCGGCGCCUGUCGUUUGAUUCUCAUGGAUUACGUCUGUGGAAGGAGCGCAUAGCCCGCGCCCGUGGGUGUUCCCUCGACAUUACAAUCACACCUCCGCAGCACCGUUUUCCCGAUAUAGAUGUGUUAGCCCUGCAACUGCAUCUUAUUGUCCCACACAUAUCUAGAGCCCGCUCCUUUGAGCUGCGGUUUUCUAGUUACUCGCCGUUCCUAUGGAACACUGCUCUCGGCCCCAUAUGCCAUCAAGAGCAACGGGACGAUAAUAACAUGGGCGCACAUACUUUCGCUCCAUUUGUGCACGCGCUGCAACUUGAGAAACUUACUCUCUGUUUUCCAGAGAAUGAUGACUCAAAGGAGUUUACUCUUUUCGCAGGUGUUGCGCCUCGGUUGCGUUACGUCACGCUUGAUGGCAUUCGCCUGACCUGGCUGCCAGGGCUUUAUGGACGCCUCACACAUCUCGACUAUACUCAUCACGGAUUCACAACUGGAUCAAUCGCCGUAGAUGAAGUUUUAGGAAUGAUUCGAAUUUCAUGCGCACUGCGCGAGCUUCGCAUAUGCUUUAGGAGAAGAAUGCUGCAUGGAGAAGUUCUGUACCUAUCUCACGACGGUGUUCCUGCAGGACAGAUUCACCUUCUGCAGCUCGAGCGGCUUGUUCUUGCCGUCGACAAAUCGCAUAUCGACAUACCUCCCGAACUUACAUCACUCUUGUCCCGCCUUUCCGUACCCAACCUUCGCGAACUACAUCUGGUUGACCUUCGCUGUCAACCCGCUAAUAGACGCUGGCGGAAGUCAGCGCCAUUCCCUGGACUCAGAGCCGCCCUGAGCCUCCUUGAAGUCACAAUACCAUCCAGCAUCAAGGUUCUGGCGAUGGCGGGUCGCUGGGCAGAUCACUGCUCCAUUCCUUCCCUCAUGAAACAUUUCAGAGAACUUCGCAAUUUGGAAGUGGACGGUGUUGAAAAGGACCUUAUUCACAUGUAUUGCCUUAGUGGAGAUUUGCCACUGCAUGAUGGAGCGUGGAUAUGAUGAGCAAUAUACUUUUGCCCCCCUUCUCUGCCCCCUUUUUUACAGACCCGUUCUUUCGCACCAGUGGAUGGGAUUUUCACCUUCCUUACAGGAUCUACACGUGAGUCAAGUUUAGCGAACUAAAUAACUGUUUGCGGACUCCCGCCACCACGUCUUCCUGAUGGGGAUUUUCCACACACUCGUGACGAACACGCUUUUU